AUGAGGUUGAUUCUGGUUAAACCCACCAAUGCAACGAGACGGCUUGACUCAACAGGCGAAGUUCUUCACGAUGAGGGCCAUGAACAUUGCAACUCUGGGAGUCCUAAGGAGAAGCAGGCUCCGUACUCUGGAACCUCAGCUGAAACAUCUUCAUCUCCUCAGGAGAAGAGUCAGUGUUUGUCUCCGUCUUCGUUCUAUGGGAGGACUAAUGGAAUCAGUCCCCCAAGAGGAUCGGCACAGAUGUCUCCUCUGAAAAGCCAAAACCUCACCCUGUCCCAGCUGAGUGAUCAGGAUUGGCUGCUGCUCUGCGGCCAGGUCAGCAGCAUAGGAGAUGACCGGAAGGCAGGGGCCAGCGUGGGACCUCCAAACCACAGAGACAGAUGUGGCUGCCCUCAUCCGGACGCUCUCCAGCUCACAGAGGCCUCCAGCUUCCAACCGCAGUCAAAGCAGAGCACGGUUCAAGACGGUCUCUCCAGAGUAUCAAAUAAGAGAAGUCUUUCAUCCCUUCAUACUCACCCUCUCUCUCUAAACACCCAAGUGUCAGCCAACUGCCAGGUUUUAGCACAUCAGGCAAAUGAAGGAGAUCUUCAGAAACUCACAACACGCCACCCAAAGGAUAGCGCGGCUCCCUGCUUUGACAAAGACGGGCAAAAAGAACAGCUUUUCAGUCAUUUAAAGCUCAAAGAGGGCAGCAAAGCAACUCGUCUAAAUCUGUUCAACAUUCCCCCGAACGCCAUCGAGUGCGUCAACACAAACAAGAAACUUCAGUCUCAUCCUGCAGUCAGCGCAGACGUCAGCUGGAGAGAGCUGUUUUGUAAAGAACCACUCCAAAUGGACUCCAAGAAAUCCACGUCUGAUGACCACGCUGGUAAAUCGUCCUGGGAUCCAUCCUCCGUUUUCAAGUGCCGUCACGUCCCUUACAGCCGCCCGCCCGCCACGCAGUGGGCAAACAGGUCGUCCACGCCUUUCAGCCAGAGGAGCCUGAGGUCUUUCUCCACCAGCCAGUGUAGCUCACUGGAGAACCAGGAGUUGGUGGAGGAGAGAACAAAACAGCAGCAUUCCCAGCUAAACUCUCAGCAUCUCGGUGGAUCCAAACGUUGUCCUCCGCUUCCCAACACCUCAGAUACUGGCAACACACUAAACGGGGACGCAGUGCAGCCACUCAGCAGCCAGGGCACUUUGCGAUCCAGUCUUUCAGAGCUUCCAUCGGUCCAGCAGCCCUUGCAGCUCCUUCACAGUACCAUCCUCGAAGAUGCCUUCUCCAAAGUCAUCAGAGAAGACUCCAGUAAAGCCAACAGUCAGAGCCCAAUUGGAGCAGAGGAUACCGUACCACAGAAGAAGACCAAGGACAUAAGCUACCGCCUGGGUCAGAGGAGAGCUCUCUUUGGGAAACGCAAACAGCUGAGUGAUUAUGCUUUAGUCUGUGGGAUGUUUGGCAUUAUCGCCAUGGUCGUCGAGACAGAGCUAUCAAAGACAGUUUACAACAAGGAAUCCAUGUAUUCAUUUGUGCUUAAAGGCCUAAUCAGUAUUUCUACAGUCAUGCUUCUUGGACUCGUUCUGAUGUACCAUGCAAGAGAAAUCCAGCUCUUCAUGGUGGACAAUGGGGCAGAUGACUGGAGAAUAGCCAUGAACCUUGAACGGAUCCUCUUCAUUGUGCUGGAGCUUGUGGUUUGUGCCAUCCAUCCAAUCCCAGGCCAGUAUAUGUUCACCUGGACGACACGACUGGCCUUCAGCUACUCGGCCUCGGUCGCAGAUGCUGAUGUCGACAUCAUCCUCUCCGUGCCAAUGUUCCUGCGGCUGUACCUGAUUGGGCGCGUCAUGCUGCUCCACAGCAAGCUGUUCACAGACACCUCCUCCCGCAGCAUCGGGGCGCUCAACAAGAUCAACUUUGACACACGUUUUGUCAUGAAGACUCUGAUGACCAUCUGCCCUGGCACGGUCCUGCUCGUCUUCAGUGUGUCCUGUUGGAUUAUAGCCGCGUGGACUGUCCGCGUGUGUGAGAGGUAUCAUGACGCACAGGAAGUAACGAGCACCUUCCUUGGAGCAAUGUGGCUCAUCUCCAUCACUUUCCUGUCCAUUGGUUACGGGGACAUGGUCCCUCACACCUACUGUGGAAAAGGGGUUUGCUUACUAACAGGAAUAAUGGGAGCAGGUUGUACAGCUCUAGUGGUUGCUGUUGUUGCAAGGAAGUCCGAGCUCACCAGAGCCGAAAAACACGUCCAUAACUUUAUGAUGGACACCCAACUCUACAAAAAGAUAAAAAACACGGCAGCAAAUGUACUGAGGGAGACAUGGCUCAUCUACAAAAACACCAAACUGGUCAAAAAGCCCGACUAUGCCCGCAUACGUCACCAUCAGCGUAAAUUCCUGCAAGCCAUCCACCAACUGCGAAGAGUCAAAAUGGAGCAGAGAAAAUUAACUGACCAGGCCAAUACAGUUACUGAUCUUGCCAAGACUCAGAACAUGAUAUACGAUCUGGUGUCAGAGCUGCAACAUCGAAGCGGCGAACUGGACAGACGGGUCGCUGUUCUGGAGGAGAAACUGGACUCGAUGAUACUUGGUGUGCAGUCACUGCCUGUUCUGCUCUCUCAGGCUAUAACAAAGCUACAAAAAGAUUUCUUGGAUGACCUGGCCUGCCAUGUUCACUUCCUGUCAUCCUCCCAGAGCUCUGAGUGCUGUUCAGUGCCUGGAAAGCAGAUGCGCACAGGAUUCUCCACACUGGAGACGCCGCACAGCUGA